AUGGACCGCAACGACCCCGAAGAGGACCCAUCAUCGGAUUAUGGAGACUCAAUACAGACAUCCGAGUUCACGUCAGUCAACACGCGGGAGCUUUACUCGUACGAGCACGGAAGGCGAUAUCAAGGCUUCCUUCGAGGUCGCUACGGCCUGCCUAAUGAUGAUGCCGAGCAGGUUCGCGAGGGCCUGAAGCAUAAGCUGUACUUGGACUACCUUAUGGAUGGCAAGCUAUUCUUAGCUCCAAUUGGAGACUAUCCGCAAAAGAUUGUCGACCUUGGGACUGGCGUUGGGCUGUGGGCGCAAGAUAUGGCCGAGAACUUCCCCAGCGCACGUGUCAUUGGGACCGACCUGUCACCUAUUCAACCACACUGGACUCCUCCCAACGUGGAGUUUCGGGUCGAGGAUCUCGAAGACGAAAACCGCCCAUGGACAAGGAUCUAUGCCGAUGCAGAUCUAAUUCACAUUAGAGCUCUACUGCAAACCCUGCGCAAACCGCGGCAACUCAUUCAGAGGUCUUUCGAGGAACUGAGGCCCGGAGGCUGGAUCGAAAUUCACGAGGUCAUCUCAAGAGUCUCCUCCGAAGACGGCACAGCCGAUGACCAUCCCAUGAACAAGUUUUACGACCUUGUUGAGGGACACUUUACCGCUAUCUACGGAUGGAACCUGUCCUUUUCCAACCAAAUUGCAGAGACACUGGAGGAGGUUGGCUUCACCAACAUCAACACGCGGUGCCAGUCGACUCCCGUUGGACGAUGGCACAGCGAAGCAAAGAUGCGAGAGAUUGGAAUUUUUACCCAGAACAUCACCGAGGAUUGGAUCACAGCAAUUCUGGGUCGGCCUGAUACCAUGGGGCUUUCAGAUGAAGAGGCGGAUGAGCUCGCGCACAGUGUGUUUGAAGCCUUCAGGAACCCCCGCAUUCACGCACAACUCAGAUGGGUCGAUUUCUGGGCACAGAAACCUCUGUCCUAG